CCUGGGUCUUCCUUACGGUCCCCCACCCAGCACUUGGUGGUGGGGGCACCAAACCACAAACACUCUAUUUUUUUUUCUGAUUUAAACUAAUAUAUGGUAAUUAAUGAGAAAUGUAGAACAUGUAGAAAGGCAUUAAUGAAAAAUGAGUGCUCUGGGUGCAAGGUAUUAAUAAAAAAUGAAUCACUCAGAGUGACGUCAUCUUUCUGCGGCGCGCGGACACCCGCUGGUGGAAGAAGAAACAGCUCCGCAGCCCUUCGCUUCUUUUGCUGGGCUGCUGCUCCUUCGGCAUCAUGGCGCCGUCGCUGUGGAAGGGGCUGGUGGGCAUCGGUCUCUUUGCCCUAGCCCACGCCGCCUUUUCCGCGGCGCAGCAUCGUUCUUAUAUGCGAUUAACAGAAAAAGAAGAUGAAUCACUGCCAAUAGACAUAGUGCUUCAGACACUUCUGGCCUUUGCCGUUACCUGUUAUGGUAUAGUUCAUAUUGCAGGGGAAUUUAAAGACAUGGAUGCCACUUCAGAACUGAAAAAUAAGACAUUUGAUACGUUAAGGAAUCACCCAUCCUUUUAUGUAUUUAAUCAUCGUGGUCGAGUACUUUUCCGGCCUUCGGAUACAACAAAUUCUUCAAACCAAGAUGCAUUGUCCUCUAACACAUCAUUGAAGUUACGAAAACUCGAAUCGUUGCGUCAUUAAGAUUUUUACAAAUUAUAAUAAUAGGACAGGACACAGAGCUGGAAUAUUGGAGUUUGGGGUAUAAAACACUCCUCCCUGCCCGCCAUUAGUAUUUAUAUUGAUCUUUCAGACCUACUUUAGAAAAAACCAUGGCCCUCAUUUAUAUACUGUUAAUCCAAUCAUUAAUGCAGUGUAAGUUAUAUGUGAAAUAAGUCUUUGGUAUUUCAUAUAGGAAUUUUUUUUCAUUGAAAUCAAAUCCACAUCUUUUGUAAAAGCCACUGUUUUGAACACAUUUCCUUGAAAAAUGUUGGUUUUUGUGAUUAUUUAUUUUUUUAGAUUUCUUUUGCACUACAGUUUUUGGAAUCCUUUUGGAAAUACUGUGAUGAAUUAUGGUAAAAUCGUCUUCAAUUCUUAACAAAUGGACUUCCCUAACCCUAAUGACACCAAAAUGGUGAUUUAACAGUUUUUCUUGUGUCCCCUAAAAAGUGGCUCUGCUUCAGAAGUACUUGCCAGUUUUUAAUUUAUUUGUGACUUUUCACCCUACCCUGCUCCCAUAUACCUUCUACCAUCGGCUGUCUUGUUUCAUCAUUUCUCUGAGAUUCUGUGUGCAGUGAGCAAUUUUUGUGUCAGAAAUUCUUUGUCAGAACAAAUAUAUUUAACAAGCUCAACUUGCUGUAAAACUACUUGUGUUCUCUUAAUUUGUCUGUAAAAAUUUCCCUAAUUGAUUAUAUAGUGUAAGAAUAGUUGAAGACUAGUUGAAGACCUUUUGUGAUUUCAUUAUCUUGCCUAUGCAGAAGAAAAAUCAUUGAGGAAAAUUGUCAUUAGCCAGUUUAACUGAUUCAAACUCUUGUUUAUUUCAUACUAAACUAGUGAAUAAGUGAAAUAAAGGCAACUCGUCAUUAAUCUAAAGACAGAGUUCAAAGGAAUAGGGCCAAAUAUAUUCUCAAUAUUUGGAACUAAUGUUUUUAAGGUUUUUAGAAAAAUCAGGUCAUUUAAGAAAUUGUUGUGUGGUUUCUGAUUUAUAGAGGCUUAAGUUUUCCAUCUUCACUGUAUGUUGCUGAAAGUGAGGAUGAGGAUACACAGUUGAUAUUUUUAGAAACAGUAAUUUUACUUUUAAGGAAAUUGGCUAGCUCUUUGAGCUAGAGAGCUGUAGGAAGCUCAACAUUCUUUGUAGAGAACGUUGCUUUUGUUGGAUUGUACAGGUAUAAAAACAUUGCUUUUGUUGUAUAGGUGUAAAGGGAAUAACUGUAUGCAGGUUUGAAAAGGAAAUGCGCUUUAGGCACGAGUCAUAAGAUGCCAUUGUACUUGUAGGUAUUUUAUUUUCCAUUAGAAAUGAACAUCAGCUCUUCUCUUCUGACUGGUAACACGUAGCCCCAAAGCACGAGAUUAUUUUUUCAUCGGGUUUUUAUUGCUGUUGUUUAGUUUUGGUUUGUUAACGCCAACCCAGUCUGUCUGUGGAACACUGACUCUGCUCUCUAAUGAGAACAAAGUUAGAAAUCUGCUGAUAACCUAAAAUAAUUUAGAAAUGAAUUAAAAAUGUGAAGUCAGGGGUUAAAGUGACGAUGAUAAAAUAGCAUGCAAGAAACAAGCUCCUUCCAUCAGACUUGGCUACUGUUUUCUUCUAGUAUGAUUUGGUUUGGAAGAGCCUCUUGUUUCCUUCUCUUUGAGGUAUGUCUUCCUUUCUUAAUAUGUUUGUAACAUUAUUGAGAUAUAAUUCACAUACCUUACAAUUCACCCAUUUUAAGGGUACAAUUCAGUGGUUUUUAGUGUAUUCACAAAGUGAUGUAACUGUGACCACAGUCAAUUUUAGAACAUUUUGUUACCCCAAAAAGAAACCCUGUACCCUUGAGCAGUCACCUCUCAUUUUCUCCCAGUGUCCACCCACCCCCAGCCCCUGGCAGCCACUAAUCUAUAUCUCUCUCUGUAGAUUUGCCUUUUCUGAUUGUUUCAUAUAAAUGGAAUUCUACAAUAUUUGGUCUUUUGGGACUGGAUUCCCAAAUGUCGUUUUCUAUUUGGAGUGAGAAAAUUCUUCUCAUCUUGAGAACUCUUACUGCUGUGAAAGGGAGUGGUUGGUAAAAUCAAUAGAUUUCAGGCAGGAGAGCCAGAUACCUAACAGGUUUUUCUCCGUGAAUCUUAUGCCGAAUAGUUUUUCCUCAUAACCAAGCAUUUAUGAUGUAUUGCUACUUAAAAUAUUGUGGCUAGUCUCUAGAAUGGAUGUUGAAAUCUUUGCCUCCUCAGUCAGGAAGAGUCCUGCUAAAAAUCAGGCUAAAAAUCAGGCCAAAUGACUUGGCAAAUAAUUGACAAAGUGUUUUUCAGGUGUGUCUAUCUUUGCUAGCAGCUUGUACACCUCAGGCCAGGUGAGCUCCCCAAAUUUCUUUUUUCAUUUACUCCAGUGAGUUUCUGCUGUCUCUCUCAAGUAUGUACCAUAGGACUUAAAGGUGAUUUGGAUGCGUUGUAACACUGCUAAAUGUACUAAGUACAGAAUUUUAUUUACAGUACUAUGAGACAGUCAGUUAUUGCCUAGGGUAGUUCAAAAAUAUGAUGUCAGCUAGUUAAGCUUUUAUUUGACUGAUGUCAGUGAUAUUCAGAAGUGUGUACCAAUCAAGGCUCUUUAAAAUACAGAACGACUCACUUAAUAACCAGGGAACCAGCCAAAUACUGUGCAGCCGCAGAAUAUGCAUAUCAAUGAACUGGAGACGAUUAUUCUCUGUAACUCCCUAAUGAUUGUUUUCUAAGUAUUGUGGCUUCUCAGUGACUUGACAGCAUCUUCCUGGUUGGAUGUGGCCUGUUUACAUGAAGUAUUGAGUAAUGUUUGUUGUGAUCAUCAAUGCCUGUAACACCAAACUAAACACAUGUUUUUGGGAUAUGUUUCCAAUCUUUAAAUGACCUUGCCCUGUCCAAUAAAUGAAUGAUUGUCUCA